AUGCCAAUGCAGCCGCCGUUUUUUACGGCGGCGAAAAGCAGUUCGCCAUGGCUGCUUGCACUCGCCUUAGGGCUGCUUGACCACGUCGCGAUAGAGGCCGCCGCGAGUGAGAACGAAGCUAGCGGCUACGCGGCAUGGCCGAAAUGGGUCCUCAUCUUGUUUUGUAUCACCACGGUGCUGCUCUCCGCCAUGUACUGCGGUCUCACGAUCGGGCUGCUUGGGAUGGAGACCAUCUAUCUUGAAAUCAUAGCUGAUGCGGGGCAGGAGCCUGACCGCACCUACGCGCGCAAGAUUCUGCCGGUACGCAUGCUGGGCCACGAGCUCUUGGCGACGUUGCUCGUGGGCAACAUGCUGACUCUGGUGCUGACCUCUCAGCUCGUCGCUGCAAUUGUGGGUGGCAGUGAGCUCGUGAACUUCAUCUUGGGUACACUGGUGGUGCUCAUCUUUGGUGAGAUCAUCCCCAUGAGCUUCUGCAACAAGCAGAACAACGCACUGUGGGCUGGCGCAAAGAGUCUGCAAGCGCUGAAGGUCUCGUUAUUUGUGCUGUGGCCCAUCGCGAAGCCGCUGGGGAUGAUGCUGGACUGGAUGGUAGGACACGAGGCAGGGCAGAUAUACGACCGCCAGGAGCUGAAGAAGCUCAUCCGCAUGCACUGCGAGAAGUUCUCGGACAAGUCGGGCAUCGACACGGACCAGGUGCGCAUGAUGCUGAGCGUGAUGGACACGAACGAGGUCACAGCAGAUGCGGCCAUGACACCGAUGGGGAAGGCCGUCAUGUUAGAGGCGAGCACCCCGCUCGACACAGCGCUCGAGCGUCGCUUGUGGGAGUACGGUAUCUCGCGCGUGCCGGUAUACGAACGGUCACGCGACAAUGUGAUUGGUGUGCUCUACGUGAAGGACCUCAUCGACAAUUCCUAUCUCGGCCACAAAAGCGACAUGACAGUGCGUGAUUUCGUGGCGCAACACCCGCGCGACAUGUUAGUGGUGAAGGCGGACACCCUUCUGCAGGAGAUGCUGUACAUCUUCGAGCACUAUCACACGCAGCUUCUCUUUGUGGAGCCGACAGACACCGCUACCGCGGACAAGCGGCGCGGUCGUGCCGGAAUCACGGCCUCCAACAGCAGAGACGCGUCACCUUACAGCGCAUACCACGUGCACCAGGGCAGCAAGCGUGCUGCACCUGCACAGCGCACGCCGAAGACCAUUAACCCUAUGGCGCUCCUUUCGAAUGCGAUGGAGCCGAGUUCUUUCAUCGGCCUUGUGACACUUGAGGACGUUAUCGAGACGCUCAUCGCAUCGGAGAUUUACGAUGAGGACGAGUACUUGAGUGACAAGAAGCUGCUGUUGGACGCGGAGGCCUUCGACGAGUCCACGAUUGAGCCGCCUCUGACGCGGCCGCCGCGGGUGAACUUCUACUCGUACGGCGUGCGAUCCAAGCUGGAGGAUCAAGGUCUUUCUGACGAUCAGCUUUGGGCACUCGCCUACUACCUCACCCGGACCUAUGUGUACUUUGCAACGUGGAAUGUUGCUCAUGUCAAGUUUCUGCUGCAGCAGAUCGGCGACUUGGUGGUGGACGUCGACGACCAGGUCAGUGACGGUGAGAAAAGCAAGAGCACACCUCUCUGUGGAAUCGCAGCUGCGUUGCCGGACCUCUCCACGGCCGAUCCAGCGCGAGUGCUCUACAGAGCCGGGCAGCCGAGCAGCACUUUCACGCUGGUACUGAGUGGCGGCGUCGAGGUGACCAUCGGCCGCGAAAAGAUACGAACGGAGUUGCGUUCCUUCUCCGACCUUGGCGCCGAUGUUCUCUUGUCAGGCGCGCCUUUUUUGCCAGACUACACGGCCGUGGUGUCGCGCACCAGCCGUCUCAUCCGCAUCACACAUGCUGAUGUGGUGAUGGUCGAGAAGAAGCUCAACGAGCACCGUGCACGACAGCCUCAGAAGCCGCUGUUUCUGACGCCCACCUCAGGGGCUGGGGCAGCGGCGGCGGUGACAGUUCCUCCAGCAUGCGCGCCACACAGGAAAGCGAAGGAGCGGAUGCGAGGCGAAGCCAAGCGUGUGGCGAUCGAGUAG